AUGUCAUUGUAUAGAUUUAAGAUUAGCUCUGUGUGUCGAAAUUACUCGCAAGCUGCCGCUGCUGUCUCGAAUAAGUCCCAUCCUCAGGGGAAUGCUGUCGAUCAAAAAAUUCCGUCUUUUGCAAAAAGUUUGUUUGUAGGAAAUUUUGUCAAAACAGCAUUUGCCCGAAGUACCAAAGAAGUCGACUUACCGAAAUUAGACAAACUCUACGGCGUCUGCGUGCCCAAAGAAUUUGGAGGUUUAGAACUGUCUUCAGCUUCGCUUUCGGAAGCUUAUAAGCGAAUUGAUUUCGCUGACUUAAGAGAGGGCAUUGCUCACGGUAGCGUCGUGAAGUGCAUAAGUACGACCGGGACAGAUGAACAAAAGAGGAACUAUUUACCUCUACUGGCUUCUGGUGAAUGUAUUGCAUCGUACUGUAUUUAUGAAAGCAAACACGGAUACGAUAUUCAAAGCAAUGAGACUACAGCCUCCCAAAAAAAUGGAAAAUGGAUAAUUAAUGGCUCUAAACAGUGGGUUAUGAAUGGAAAACGAGCCAAUAUGUUUUUAGUACUUGCUAAAACCAUGGAUGAAUGCAAUCGUCCAGAGAGCGAACAAAACUUUUUCACAGCCUUUUUGGUUAAGAAGUCACAAAACAGUGGCAUUAAAAUUACUACUGAAGGAAAUCACUAUAAUGUGACAUUCAACAAUGUUGAAGCUGAUUGUAUAUUAGGAUCUGAAAACGAAGGCCUAAACUAUUUUACAAUGUUCUUCAAUGGUGAUUUAUUGGAAUCUUCUUCUGCUACAUUAGGUGAGAUAAAAAAUAUUGUUCAAAAAUCCUCUCAACAUUUCCAGACCCAUGAUCGAUCGAGUAUGAUUAAACUAGGAAAGUUAAAUAGCCAUUUGUACACUAUGGACUGUGUUUUGGAAUUCACUAGUCUGAUAUUAGAUACCUACAACCCUAAAAGUGACUAUGAGCCAAUUCUCGCUCGUUUGUUUGUAAGUGAAACAACACAUAGUUGCUUAAAUUUGUUGAACGACUUGGGUCUAUCCAAGAAGUCGUUUAAAUAUAUUGAAAACUCAUUACUAUUUGAAGGUAGAUCAAAUUUACUACCGAUAGUUGGUUCCCUGCUUGGCAUUCAGUAUGCUGGACAGUUUAUGGCAGAUGAUGUGAAACAAUUAAGAAAUCCACUCAUGUUUCCCAAGUAUACAUUAAGUCAUAUUAUGAAAAUCCAACGAUCAUUGAAAGAUAAACCAAAAUUGAAUCAUUACAUUGAGAAGCACUUGCAUCCGUCACUCAAGAAACAGGCAUUGGACCUAGAGUAUUGCUUAAGCAGAUUUCAAUUUGGGGUUCUGAAUAUGUUUAUCAAUCUUGGUCCCGAUACUUGUUAUUACCAAAUGAUACUCGAUAGGGCUAACAGUAUUGCUAUGGAUUUGUUCGCCAUGGCAGCUGUGUUACACAGGGUAUCACAAAAACUUUCUAAUUCAAAUGCACAGCUAUAUCCUACAGAAUUAAUUUUUGCCAAUGUAUUUUGCAACAGCGUCCGCGAACAGUGCAGUCGAAGAGUAAAUGAAAUACUAGAUGCUCCACACAAUGUUGUAGAUCCGCAUUAUAAAACCAUUGGCCAAAAUUGUUUUGUUGAGAAAAAUUAUUUCUUUGAACAUCCUCUAAAAAGAAAUAUUUUUUAA